CGGGUGUGGUUUCUCUGUCCAUGUGCUGAGGGAUCCUUGCCCACACUGGUGGGGGCGCGAUGUACAUGGCCCGGUGGGGAGAGUUUAUGGCAUAAUUGGCAUUUCUAGUCGCGAGACAAGAGGCAAAGCUUGGUAAUCGACCCGUGUGUACGGGGAAUAUGCACGUUGGGGAACCCAUGGCUCCAAUAUUACGAAAAGAUGUUGCACUUCCUCCUCCACCGUUAUCGUCAUCAGGAACAUCGCUACAGAGUAUCUGCUGGAGGUGUCGUAAUCCCGCAACCUAAGGCUCAAAACAGUUGGUUAUUUCCGCCUGUUCCGGGGCCCCUUACGCACUCUGGCGCUGGCGUUGGCGCUGGUCCAAGGGGGGCUUCGAGAGAUGACGAAAUGUCCGCAACCCUGGUCGGCGAGCCGCUUCGGGCCAUUCUUGAUUUCUAAGACGGCAAGGCCAAGGGAUCUCGGCGGACGGCUCAGCCUCAAUGUGCCUAUGCGAAUGCCAUGCUUCUUCCGGUUGGGACCGCCAUGCUCCAACCCGCCAGGGAGGGGCCGCCCAUCGCGGCGCAAAGGUGGCGAGACG